UUCUACACUAAGCUAUCCUCCGUGAUACGGUCUGUGCCGAAGAGCGACCGACUAUUUCUGCUGGGUGAUUUCAACGCGCGCGUUGGGCGUGAUGCAUCAGCGUGGACAGAUGUUAUCGGUGCGCAUGGCAUUGGUUCAGCGAAUGCAAACGGUGACAGGCUGCUCUCACUGUGUGCCACUCACGGCCUGACGAUCACGAACACUCGGUUUGCACUGAGUGCGAGUGAUAUAGCAACUUGGACGCACCCACGGAGUGGUCACGCUCACCUGCUCGACUAUGUCAUCGUACGUCAGCGUGAUAUGCGUGAAGUGCGCAUGACACGUGUACUGCGUGGAGCUGAGUGUGGCACUGAUCACAAAUUG